AUGAAACAACUUGGCAUCAUUUCACUCAUUAACGAUAUGAUGACCCGUCAUCUUCCCAUCCAGGAGCCCAAGGGCAACCUGUCCUACGGCCUCAAGAAGGGCCACAAGGUCACCAAGUACACCCAGAAGAGCCAGGCUCCCCAGAAGAGCAUUGGCAAGCUCGGCAAGCGCACCAAGUUUGUGCGUGAUGUUGUCCGGGAGGUGGCUGGCUUCGCUCCCUACGAGCGCCGCUGCAUGGAACUGCUGAGGAUCGGUGCCGAUAAGCGUGCCCUCAAGUUCUGCAAGAAGCGCCUUGGCACUCACAUCCGUGCCCGCCGCAAACGCGACGAGAUGGCUGGCGUCAUCGUGUCUCAGCGCAAGGCCGCGGCCAAGAAGGCCGAGAAGGUUGAGAAGGGCGUUGGAGAGCGAGAGAGAGAGAGAGAGAGAGAGAGAGAGAGAGAGAGAGAGAAGAGAGAGAGAGGCGGGUGGUGGUGCGCCGGGUUUCUUUUCGUGCGAGCCUUCAAACUCGGACUGCCGCGUGGGUCUAGCGCAACUCAGACCAUGGCUCCAAAGUGGGUGUACAACCCCAUGAGCCGGCAGGACGCCGAGGCUCUCUUGGCUAAACAUAAUGCCACCGAUGGGCAGUUUCUCAUCCGGCAGCGAGCCGAGGGUAGCCGUGACUACGUCCUGGCCGUCAUGUACAAAGGCAAGCCAACACACCAUCUCAUCGAACAGCGUCCGGAAGAUCGCCUCUGGACGAUCAACAAGCGUAUCAUUCAGCGCCUGCAUGAGCCGGCUGAAGGCUGGCCCAUUGUGCUGCACGACGGCAUCGAGGAUGAGAGCCAUCCUGCCGCUCGCAAGGGUUCCAUUCGUCGCAACUCGUCUGUGCGUGGCCGCAGUGGCUCCAUGCGUCAGCGCUCCGGAUCAACCCGUUCUGCCACUUUUAACAUCAAGGACAUCACGCCAGAGCAAUAUCCAGAGGAGCUCAAGAAGUGGCAAUCUCGCGUCGAAACCCUCAACACUCAAGUUGAGCAGAAUGAGCAGAACGUUGCCAAGAUGGAAGGCGAGCUGCGUGCUCAGGGUGCUGCACCCAACGCACCCCCUUUCCUUUGGAUCAAGCCCAUGAGCCGCGAAGAGGUGGAGGAAAUGAUGCGUGGCAAGGUCGACGGUGCUUACCUUGUGCGUACCCGCGAGGGCUACGACGACCUGAUUGCUUGCAUCGUCUUCAAGGGACGUCCCACCCAUCACAAACUUGAAAAGGAUGGCAGUGGCCACUGGCUGAUCAACGGAAAAAAGUACGGUGACCAUACCGACGUUGGCAAGCUCUUUGCACAAUUUCACCAGCCAGUACAGGGCUGGCCUGUUCUGCUGACCAUGCCCGUCAACGAUCCACAAAGAGAGGCGCUGGCUGGCAUGGAUGAGGCGUUGCAGCAAGCCACCACGCAACUUCAAACGCUCAAGAACCGCCGUGCCAAUGCCCAAAGGAUCUUGUCUGAGUUGGAAAACAACAAGCCGGCGCCAACAGCAACAACAACAACAUCAACAACGUCAACGGCUGCCCCUGCUCAAGAGAGCAGUUCAUCCUCACCUGCUGCUCCGACUGCGACUCAAGCUGACACCAACGCGUCAGCAACAUCUGCAACCCAUGCCGUCUCAACAAACAAGGCUGCACCUGCCUCCGAGCCAGAGCCGCCAAAGUCUUCGGCUGCUGCUUCGCAGCCAGCGGUCACGCCCGUGGUGGAGUCGACCACCCAAGCCGAUUCUGCUCCUGUGACGACUCCACAGGUCGUGGCCGCAGCUCCUGCCGAAGCUGCUACCACCAAAGACCCUGCUUCCGAAACCACUUCGCAGGCCCCGGCUCCAGCUGCAGCCCCGCAGGCCGUCGUGGUCGAGCAACCCGCUGCGGUGACAGCCUCACCCGCCGCGGCCCCUGCGCCCGAGACUCAUGAAGUACCCAUCACCACACCCACGACCACGCCGGCGGCAACCGCAGUGGCGGUGACAGCAUCUGUGGAGUCCCGUACACCGCCCACGAGUGUGUCUGACGUCACUGCCAGCCCCACCCCCUCCCCGCAGCCUACCCCGGUGGCCCAGCCUGUCAUUCAGGAAACUCAAGUCGAUGUGAUCGAGCCCCUCAGUCCUGCUAAGCGCCCCAGCGCUAAUUUGUCUUGGCAGCCGGCCGAAUCUUCCACGGAUCGCGACUCAGACGUCGUUUUCAUCAACGGGCGACAAGGACAUGCUGCUUUUAUCAACGGCCGCUACGAAGAGGACAUGACCAAGUUCUUUGAUAACAAGCCCGUUUACGUGCACACAUUCACCCAAACUGGCUAUGCCAAGCCCAUUGUCAACAAGCUGUACCUCUUCUUUCUGGCCGAUAAGCAAGCCUGGGUUGUGUCCCGUCAGUUUGGUCCGCGCGAUGUCACGGCCUACAUCUCUUCUCAGGCCGAUCGCCCUCAAGACAUUCGAGGUAUUUGGAGCGUGGCCGACCCGUCUGGCACCUUUGUGGAAGAUCCUGCUGUGAAAAUCGGUAAUGCGGCCACGGAUGACGUUUCGAGCUUCCAGAAUCUGCUCAUGUCCAACCGCGAGGUCAACUUUUUCCAUUGCCGCCUCUCCCCUCACCAGUUUACCGAGCUAUGCCUUGCCCUCGAGUCUCGUUCAUGCCGCAUUCAACAGCUCAAGCUCUUUGAUAACAAUUUGGCUUCAAGCCAGGUUCUUCGCCUCGUGGACGCGCUCAAGAAGAACCGCUCCGUAACCCAUCUUCAGAUUCGCAACAACGAGCUAAACAACGAGGCGGCAGACAGACUGGCCCGCAUGCUGCAGAGCAACGAAACGCUGCAAAUGCUCUCUUUGCGUGCUAAUCGCAUUAGCAAUGAAGGAGCAACUUGGUUGGCUGAAGGCUUGCGUACCAACCGAACCCUGCGUGGUCUGAGCCUUCGCGAGAACAUGAUCCGCGAUGAUGGCUUUGAUCGUUUCGUGGACGCCCUGCACGUCAACAAGACGCUGGCUGGCUUGGCGUUGUAUGACAACCAGAUUCGAGCUCAGCACGCCAAAAAGCAGUUGAAGCGACUGCGCAAGGCCAAUGCUGCGUGUACUGUUGAAUUGGUCAACCCUACCUAUGCGGGCUAAGGCCUUAGCCCAAGAUUUAGGCUUGGGGAGGUGUGGGAGAUGUGGUAGCGGCGGGUCUCUCGAUGCGAUGCGUGUGUGUCGACAUCAGAUGCCAGCAUGAUGUAUUGCGUUUAGUACAACUUUUCAUCUUGUUUGUGUGUGUAUGUGCGUGUGGUAUAUGCGAUCCUUUUGUGAGCUUGCCCUGUGUGUCUGCGUCCCUCAUCAAGAAAUGUGCGAAUGAUG